UAUAAAUAGAUCACGAAAAAGGCGGACCCCUCAUGAUUCUGGCAACCCGCAAAAAACUAUCGAAGCCACAUGAGAAGCAUCUGCAAGAUAGUCGCGCGUUAUUUUAAAUUUGUCAUCUCGGACAAUUUGCUCGAUCGCGCUAUUACGCCAUCUAAAAUGCGCCGCGUCUCUAUAAGUUACUUAUGUAUGUACAAUAUACGUAUGCAUUCCUCUAUAGCAUCAUGCGUAUCACACACAAUAUCGUCGUUUUUAUCAAAAACGAUUAACGUUAAUCUUCAAACGAAGCGAUAAGGCAACUUGUGUAGCGGCUAUAAUCGCAGUCUUAACAAACUUGUUGUUCGAUGUCUCUCCACUACUUCGCCUGAAAGUUUGAUUGAAUAAAUUCAUGCAAAAUGAAUGCAUCUGGUGCAAAAUUAUUCGUAUCAAGGCAGACUGUUCUACCGGACGGUGUCAAAGCCGCUGUUCUACUGGUGAAAAAUGGAAAAAUCGAGGCGAUCCAUCCUUGCGCCAAUGACAACGAAAUCAACGAUAAACUUGGACAACAUUCGAACGUCGAAUACGAAGAUUUUGGAAAUUUGCUCUUGAUGCCUGGAAUAGUCGACUCUCACGUGCACGUGAAUGAACCCGGCCGCAGCGAGUGGGAAGGCUUUUGGACGGCUACGAAAGCCGCUGCUGCCGGCGGCGUUACUACCAUUGUUGACAUGCCACUGAAUUCCAUACCACCUACAACUACCGUAGAGAAUUUGAAAACUAAAGCUCAGGUGGCUCGAACAAAAGCUUUCGUGGACAUCGGAUUCUGGGGUGGCGUCAUACCAGGAAACCAAAAAGACUUGAAGCCACUCGUGGAAGCCGGAGUCGUCGGGUUCAAGUGCUUCCUGUGUCCCAGUUGCAUUGAAGAGUUUCCCCACGUCAAUGAGGAGGAUGUGGAAAAAGCCUUGAUGGAGUUGCGGAAUUUAAACACCGUCUUAGCCUUUCACGCGGAAUGCGAGUUAAAAGAUGCUAUCGAUAAAUCAAAAGAAGACCCGUCGGUUUACCAUACCUACUUGCAGACUCGUCCUGAGAUCAUGGAAGUUAACGCAAUAACGAUUAUCACUAAGCUGUGCAAAGCUUACAACGUUCGUUGUCACAUAGUACACUUAUCUGCAGCCGAGGCUUUGGGCUUGGUUAGGGAGGCGAAAAAGAAUAAAUUGCGGCUGACUGCGGAAACCUGUUAUCAUUAUCUCUACCUGACCGCCGAAAAAAUCCCACGGAAUGCCACGCAGUUUAAGUGCUGUCCGCCAAUUAGAGAUGAAAGCAACAGAGUUAGUAAAUUCAUCUUUAAUCUUCAAUUCGCAAAAUUACAAACGCUCGUUUAG